AUGGAUGUUGACCAGAUCAAAGAUGAUCUACUUAUUGCGCACGAUAUCACUGCCGCGCCAACAUCGGCCUCGCAGUCUCAUUCCGUCUCACUACAGCUCCUCAGGUUGCUGCGCGAGCUUCUUCUAUCGGUUAUGGUGUCCCGUCUCCUCCAAGCUCGUGCCGUUGCCAAUGCCAAUACUGUGCUGGUUGAUGACGUGAAAGAGGACGGCUCGGGUGAGCCCAAGGGGCGGCUCUGCAGAAUCAUGGAGGUUCUUCUCGGUUGCGCGCCCGUCCUCCGGCCUUUGGAUUUCUUCGACGCAGGUUGCCAUUCGCUCCUCGCCUCCCGUUUGGCCUUCCGGAUAUAA